AUGGACCGUUGUCCCAGUGGUUAUCUGAUCAUCGCCAGCCUCUCUGGAAUCAUCUUCGGUAUCGGACUGAUAGCCACGACACCCUCUGAAUGGAGCCAGGCGGAGCGCCUAAGUAGCCUGUCACAAUCAGAGUUUGAAAAGGUAAGGCUGAAGGCUGUUAAAGAGGUGGCCCACCGAUUUAACCAGGAGGAGCCAACCUACCAGAGAAUUAACCUUACCUCCUUUUCGAGGGCCAGGGCCAUGGUGAACCCAGAGACCCAGCCGAAUACGACAGGUGAACUCCAGGUUGGAAUCCUGAAAGCCAAUUUCUGCCAGGAGACCACCCUAGUAUCCAAAAGUGCACCUUUAUGCACUGAACCUGGCCUGUUCCUGCUUUGCGGGCACUCAGCUUAUCGGUGUGUGCCAAAGGACUGGGACGGGCGAUGCACUAAAGUGUUCCUAGUCCCAAGUGUCACAAUCCGAACCACGGGAGAAGUCCAGCAGGCGCUCCAACACCAGGAGCCUUACCGGGUGAAAAGAGCAGCAGGAGCAGCUAUUGCAAUAGGAGCGGGCCUAGCUAUAGGCAUAGGAACCAGCGCAGGAGCCCUGGGUCUGUCAGCCACCACAUACCACAAGCUAUCAACCCACCUUAGCCAGGAUAUGGAUCAAAUAGCAGACUCACUUGCCACCCUCCAGCAGCAGAUAAACUCCUUGGCUGAAGUAUCCCUGCAGAAUAGUGCCUCCGUUCCCAGGCUGCAGCUCCAGUUCACUCCGCCAAGGGGCGCCAGCCCCCGGCUUCUAGGAAUCCAGCUCUGCAGGGCGCUGAGGCUGGAGAGGAACGUCCGGUCUCCUAGGCAACGAUGUCAACUUCCGGUUUGCGGCGAGGACUUGGUUGCCGGACCGUAUCGAGACCGGUUCUCCCGAGCCGCCGAGCUGGAGUUGGAACUGGAACUCCGUGAGACCGGGGCUCCGGCUGCCGGGAAGCGGCUUCUCCAGGCUGAGGCCGGGGCGGAGAAUGAGCCGGAGGCAGUGGCAGGCUCCCGGCGGAGCGGCGGCGGCGGGAGCUUGCUGCGCUGGUUCGUCACCUUGAUCCUGUGUGCCGCCUUCCUGGGGCUGGGAUUGAGUGUCUCUAUCCUGGGACCCACCUUUCAAGAUUUGGCAACAAAUGUAAACCAUAAUAUCAGCAGUCUUUCUCUGAUUUUUGUGGGCCGUGCCUUUGGAUAUUUGAGUGGCUCUGUGAUUGGCGGAGUUCUUUUUGAUGCUAUGAAUCAUUUUCUACUUUUGGGCAUGUCGAUGCUGGCCACCACAGUGGGUCUUUACCUCGUUCCGUUUUGUAAGAGAGCAGUGUUACUGAUUGUCAUGAUGUCCGUCUUUGGUGUUUCAAUGGGCAUUCUGGAUACAGGUGGUAACGUUUUAAUCUUGGCCAUUUGGGGGGACAAAGGAGCCCCGCAUAUGCAGGCCUUACACUUCAGUUUUGCCUUGGGUGCCUUUUUGGCCCCGCUGCUGGCUAAGCUGGCCCUGGGCACGAUGGUGUCUGCCGGAAACCGCACAGAGGCCAACUUCAGCCAUUCUCUCGACCAGCCAUCGGAAGCGGACCCAGGACCUCUGUUCGGAGUACCUGACAAUGUGAAUUUACUGUGGGCUUAUAUUAUUAUCGGGACUUAUAUUUUUGUAGUUUGUAUAUUUCUUUUUGUUCUGUUUUUAAAGAAAAGCUCACAGCAGGAUAAAGCAAAAGCUUCUGCUCAGAGAUCUCGAAGAGCUAAAUAUCACAAUGCCCUUCUUUGUCUCCUUUUUCUGUUUUUCUUUUUUUAUGUUGGAGCUGAGGUAACUUACGGCUCUUACGUUUUCUCAUUUGCAACCACCCAUGCCGGCAUGGCCGAAAGUGAAGCGGCUGGGUUGAACUCCAUCUUCUGGGGGACCUUUGCAGCCUGCAGGGGCCUGGCGAUCUUUUUUGCUACGUGUUUACAACCUGGGACAAUGAUUGUGUUGAGCAACAUUGGCAGCCUGGUGUCAUCUUUAUUUCUGGUGCUUUUUAACAAGAGUGCAGCUUGUCUGUGGAUAGCAACCUCAGUGUAUGGGGCCUCGAUGGCAACCACGUUCCCCAGUGGUAUUUCUUGGAUUGAGCAGUACACGACCAUCCAUGGGAAAGCGGCAGCAUUUUUUGUAGUGGGUGCUGCCCUGGGAGAAAUGGCUAUUCCCGCAGUCAUCGGAAUUCUUCAAGGAAAAUACGCUGAUUUACCUGUAGUUUUGUACACCUCUUUGGGGGCAGCAAUAGCCACUGCUGUUUUAUUUCCUGUGAUGUAUAAAUUAGCCACCUCACCUCUCCAUCGUCAGCAAAAAGAACACAGAAAAAGUGAGGACCAGAAAGCUUUGCUCUCUAGCUCUGGACUAAAUGACUAUGAGGAAGAGAAUGAAGAAGAUGAUGCAGAAAAAUGGAAUGAAAUGGAUUUUGAAGUCGUUGAAAUGAAUGAUACAAUGAGGAGCUCUGUAAUAGAGACAUCUAGAAGUAUUUUGAGGGAGCCCACAGCAGAAGUCUCCAGCCAGUUCCACUCAAAUGCAUUAGUGUGUGAAUUCUCCCCGGUUAAUACUGGCAAGUCCCCUGUGAGUCAGUUGCAAGAAACCAGGACAAAAGGGACUAAUACUUAGCAAAGGUGGAUUUACUGACUUUCUGAAUAAUUGCCAGUUCUCAAGAGGUCAGUCAGAGCAGGGCAUUAGCAGAUUUUCAGCAUGCUUUGGGGAUCCAAAUGUCUAGGUCAGAGUAUAGCAAAUGCUAAAAAGCUUUGACAUGUUCUGUAAUUCCCAGAGCCUUCCAUGAAGAACCGGUGGUGUCAUGUUGCAGGAUCUUGUGAGGCUAGUGUUUGGCCUGUGGCUAAUUAGGUAAUAUUUUAUGGUCUUCACCUCUCAGAGCAUGCAAAGAAUAUUGAUUAAUAGAACAAAUUAUCCAUCAUCUGUAUUUUACCAGGGAAGUUGCAGACAGUCAUUUCAUAAUACAGCCUCUUUGAAAAUUGGACAGAGAUUGUUAUUAAUUAUUUUACCCUGCCUGUAGCGUUGGACCACAGGAUGCUAAUGCCUCAUUUGAUUUUGAGUUCCACGAAGAGAACACAGCACAGGGCCUUAAAGACAUGGCCUCAAGCCUUGACUGCUGCCUCCAAGCCUUAUGGCCCUUACGGCCCUGCGCUCAGUCACUUAACUCACCCAGGCCUCCUUCAUCUCACCUUUUGCUCUGUGAUUACCUGAUACUUUGAGUCACACACACCUACUUUCUAUAAGUGAAAAUGAGACGAUUUUCAAACUAGGAAUCCAUAAGUUUUAAUGUUUGUGUAAGAUAUCUGCUAGAAAUUAAUAUAAGUGCCACACCAUUCUUCAUUUCAAGUGAGAGGUGAAACAAAAUUGAUAGCUUCAAGAAUGUGCUGCUGAUUAUGAAUACAUUUCAAUUUAAGAAACUCAAUGUUUAAUGCUUUAUUUGAAUUAUCUGAGGAAUACAUUUUUUAAGUACUGUAUUUCAUCGAUUCUAAGAUGCACCUCUUUUUUUCUUCACAUUUUUAACAUCUCUGAAAUCAGAAUGUCUUA